CUGCCAUGUUUUCCACUCGUGCCGCCGCACACGAUGCCACGACAAGCGGUUACAAAACGCCUCCUCGCCGAGGCCCGGAGCUCCGAAUCCAGCUUCCACCGGCGCCCUGCUAGCAAAUCUCUUCCGAGUGAAAGCCUUUCGCCGGGAUUCGUUAAGGGUCUCGUGUGAGCUGGAGCCUAUACCAGGGGUACACCCGGGUACACCGUUCCACAGACAAUUAUACGGCUUUAGGGUCAGAACAUGGAACGGUGGUGAACCUUCCCAGGAAUGGCCGACCAAGAGGUCCCAAAAGACCCCACGACAACAUCCCAAGAACUGCAGGCCUCAGUUAAGGGCUCUGGCCGCGUCUCCAGCAGCUGAAGCACCCCCGUCCUGCCCUCUCUGCUCCGGGUCCACUGCCUUCUGUCCUCGCUGAGCCAUGAGCACCCACGGGGAUCUUGAUAUGGUGCACCUCCGCCUCAUCCUGGUCAGCGGGAAAACACAGGACUUCACUUUCUCGCCAAACGACUCCGCCACGGACAUCGCCAAGCACGUAUUUGACAACUGGCCCACGGGUUGGGAGGAGGAGCGGGUCAGCAGCCCCAGCAUACUCCGCCUCAUCUUCCAGGGACGCUUCCUUCACGGCAAUGUGACCCUUGGAGCUCUGAAGUUGCCCCCGGGCCGAACCACAGUCAUGCACCUGGUUGCCAGGGAGACUCUUCCGGAGCCCAACUCUCACGGUCAACGAAACAGAGAAAAAACCACAGAGAGCAAUUGCUGUCUCCUCUUGUAAGGAAACAACCCUUCCUAUUCCCUUAUCUAUCUAUCUACCACACACACACACACACACACACACACACACUUUUCCUCAUGCUGGUCGUCAUGUCAGCCGUGGACUAAAUCACUGGAAUUCUCUUCUCGUUGAUGUUUUGGUUGAACUUUUUUUUUUUUUUUUUGUGCCAACGUAUCCACACGCUUAACACUUGAUCAUCAUCAUCAUCAUCAACUGUGCCCGUGUCGAACUGCUGGACACAUUUUUAAAGAUUUUCCAAACCUUCGCCAUGCCGCAUAUCCGCUUCUGCCUGAAAGGAACCAGGAUGCUUUUUAUGGAUGGAGGAGACAUCCACCUGAACGCUCUUAACCCCUUCAUGCACUUAACACGUUUUAAAGGCAAGCGUGCGUUGGUGUUCCUCCUUCUCCUCUUCAUCAUCAUCAUCCUCAUCCUGAACGGAUCUUAUAUUUCUUCUCGGUAAGAAGAAGUCAAAGAGAAAUUGUGCCAUUGUCUUCAACCCACGUUUCUGCCUCUGCGUCACCGGCGGCGUCCGUGCCAUGAAAUGACGUCGCGUAUUUGUUUAUUCGGACCAAUCGGGAAUGACGUUCGGGAAAGAAAAGGGAACACAAAAGCGUCGCGUUAGGCCAGUCGCUUACAAAGCUGAAAAUGGCGGCGGAAGCUCCUUCUAUUCGCAUGAAGAAGAGUUUUUUUGUUUGUUUUUU